UCAUCGUUCAGAAGUCAGUCAACUCCAAAGUCGUUCUCUCUCGCCCUCGCGCUGCGUUGCGCUGCCUGGCCAUGGAGUCUUUAUUUUGAUCUCUCACGCUCUCUUUCUCUCUCACAUUGCUUUGCUUAUAGUUAUUACUUAAUGCUCAUCUUUGCGUCUCGCUUCAGCGUUCAAAGUCAAAAUCAGCGGUGCAUGGAGCUUCUGGAGUCAUUGAAUAAGGAGCAGAUAUUGCAGAUUCUCUCUGAUAUCGUCUGCCACCAUUGUGAGGCUCGUCUUCAUGAACGAAUCUCAAAUCUCCGUAAAAGAAACAACUAUGAAACCCCACAUGCUGCUUCUGCGGAUGAUGAUUACUAUAUAUCUUCUAGAUCUACAUCCAGGGAUGGAAGGUACUAUGAAACCCCUUAUGCUGAAGAUGAAGAUGGUUAUUAUGUAUCCCCUACAGAUGCAUCCAACAAGUCUAGGAAUGGAAAGCACUAUGAAAUGUCUUGUGCUGAUAAUGAUGACUAUGCAUCUUCUAGAGAUGCAUAUCACCAGUCCAGAAAUGGUAAUGCUUCGGUAUUUCACACUAGAAGGUAUAGAGAAGAAGAGGAUGGUGCAAGAAACUAUGGCCAGAGGCAUGAAAUUCCUUGGUUGAGGAAGCAUAAUGAUAGACAUGCUUCUGAUUCUCCACCAAAAUAUUUGAAUCACAAACGACAAUAUUUAGCACCAUCUCAUUUUGACUUGCUGCUAAGUGAUGGAAUCGGUGGGGCCUCAUUGUUUGAACAUGGAUUGUCUGAGGAACAAAAGGUGCAUAUUAGGCGCUCACUGGUUGGUAGCAAAAAGGACUUUGUUUGUAUUGAAAGAAUUGAUGGGAGAGACAUGAAUGUUCUUCAGGGGCUUGAACUUCAUACUCAGGUAUUCAAUGCUGAUGAGCAAAGGAAUAUUGUCAAGUAUGUCCAUAAGUUGCAAAAAAUGGGUCGAAAUGGGCACUUUAGAGAACGUACAUAUUCAGAACCUAGAAAGUGGAUGCGUGGCAAAGGGCGAGUAACGAUACAAUUUGGCUGCUGCUACAAUUAUGCAGUAGACAGACGUGGCAAUCUUCCUGGCAUUCUAAGAGAUGAGGAGGCUGAUCCAUUACCAAAUUUGUUCAAGAAAAUGAUCAAGAGGAUGGUUAGGUGGAACAUACUGCCUCCAACAUGCAUCCCUAAUAGUUGCGUGGUCAACAUAUACGAUGAAGGCGAUUGCAUUCCUCCUCAUAUCGAUCACCAUGAUUUUAUGCGACCUUUUUCUACGGUUUCAUUAUUAUCUGAGUGUGACAUAUUAUUUGGUUCAAAUUUGAAAGUUAUCAGUCCUGGGGAGUUCGUAGGGCCCGCUCCCAUCAAUUUGCCAAUGGGAUCAGUGUUCAUUUUUAAUGACAAUGGAGCUGACAUUGCUAAACAUUGUGUCCCAUCUGUCCGAACCAAAAGGAUUUCAAUUACAUUUAGGAGGGUGGAUGAUAGUAAAUUACCGUUUAACUUCUCACCUGACCCUGAGCUGGAGGGAAUCAAGCCUCUUGGCCAUUUAUCGCCGAACAAAUCGGAGAUUGAGUAUAACAACAUUGAGAAUUCAGAAAAUAAGAAGCAGAAGACGAAUAGUAUUGAAUCUGACGCAACAACGCAGAAAGGACGCUCGAACAAAUUGAGUUUAUGACUUUGUAUAUAUAAUUUUUAAGGUUUUGUUUAAUCAGUGAUGUUGUGGAGAUUGUGAGAGAUUGAUAUGUAAUAUUUAAUGUUUUUAGCAACCCAUACUGUUUAUAUAAAUAAUGUGACUCAAUCUUUAAAUAGAUGUAAUGUGGGGAGGAAACCCUGUUCGUCCUAAUAAAGCAUUCUAGUGCAGUAUUC